AACACGCUAAAAGAAGACUCCUGAAUAAUGAAAUGCGUCGAUUUCCCACACAGUAGCUAGUCACUUAUCAUUUACUAUUAAAUCAUGCUUAUUCUGAAUAUUUAAGAGGUUAAUCAGAAGUCGCGUAGAAAUAAUACAUGAAUUUUAAAGCUUCAGCGUACGUUAGGGUACAGUAGAGUAAGGUUAAUUCUUAACUUCGAGCUAGCUAGUUUGUGAUGUGCCAGCUAGCUCUAUUUACCGAGCCUAGCGUGUGAAGUUACCGUAAUAAUAAAAAGCCAACGAUUCAUAUAGAUUUAAAAAAUACAUAUUAAGCAUGGCUCUCAAGUCAGGAGAGGAGCGCUUGAAAGAGAUGGAGGCUGAGAUGGCUCUUUUUGAGCAGGAGGUUCUUGGUGGUCCAGUAGCGGUAUCAGGAAGCCCUCCUCUCAUGGAAGCAGUACCUGUGGCUCUGGCUGUCCCUGCUAUCCCAACGCUUCCAGUGGUGCGACCAAUUAUAGGCACCAACACCUACAGACAGGUCCAGCAAACAUUGGAAGCCAGGGCUGCUAGUUUUGUUGGUCCUCCACCUCCAGCCUUUGUAGGACCAGUCCCUCCAUUACGUCCUCCUCCUCCUCCCAUGAUGAGACCAGCAUUCGUCCCCCAUAUCCUUCAGAGACCCGGCGGUGGUCCAAGGCUACAGAUAAUGCGUGGUCCUCCAAUAGCACCUCCUCUGCCACGGCCUCCUCCACCUCCUCCCAUGAUGCUCCCUCCUUCACUGCAUGGCCAACCACCUCAGGGUGCUUCUCAGCCUAUCCAGCACAUGACUGCUGUACCUCAGGUCAGUGAUAUGGUCUCAAUGGUGUCAGCCCCACCCACAAGACAAGGACCCCCGCCUCCUGUGAAACCGACACCAUCAAUCAUCCAGGCAGCACCAACAGUGUACUCUGCUCCGCCUGCCCCUGCUGGACAUAAAAGAAAUGAUGUCAGAGCUCAGAGACAAGCACGAAUGGAGGAGCUGGCAGCGCGGGUUGCAGAGCAGCAGGCAGCAGUGAUGGCAGCAGGUCUACUGGACAAGAAGGAGAGUGAAGACAGCAGUGCUAUCAUUGGGCCCAGUAUGCCUGAGCAUGAGCCCCCCCACACUGAGACUGUGGAAAGUGCUACAGAGGACAAAAAGAAAGCCAAGGUGGAGAAAGUAAAGAAGUGUAUCCGUACUGCAGCAGGGACCAGCUGGGAAGAUGCCAGUCUGUUGGAGUGGGAAUCAGACGAUUUCCGUAUAUUCUGUGGUGAUCUUGGUAAUGAGGUGAAUGAUGACAUACUGGCCAGAGCCUUCAGCAGAUACCCAUCUUUCCUCAAAGCCAAGGUGGUGAGAGACAAACGCACAGGAAAGACCAAGGGCUAUGGCUUCGUUAGCUUCAAAGAUCCUAAUGACUAUGUCAGAGCCAUGAGAGAAAUGAACGGGAAAUAUGUUGGCAGUCGUCCCAUCAAACUGAGGAAGAGCAUGUGGAAGGACCGUAACAUGGAUGUUGUUCGCAAGAAGCAGAAAGAGAAGAAGAAACUGGGUCUCAGAUAGUGUGUGUGUGUAUAUGUGUGACUGACAUGCGAGAGCAUGACUUAUUUUGUUCUGUCCAGUCAGCAGAUGUACUGAGAUGGAUAGGUGUUAACUUUUUUUUCCUUUCUCAAAUAAAACUAACACAAUUUCAACAUUUUAAAAUGUGUUAUGCAAUACACUUUUUUCAUAUAGAGAUAAAUAUUGUAGCUGGAACUGAACCACUGUUGUUUUUCUGUACUGCCUCACUCAGGUCAAUGUUGAGCAGCUUUUUAGCUUGUGACCUCUAACUGGUUCUUUCUUAAAUCUGGCAAUUGAAAACUAACACACUUUUUGUAACUUUUAUUCUUAAAUCUGAAAGGUCACAAACUGAUAAAUCGUUGGUACUGCUGUUAUGUUAUCCAAAAUCACUGAUUUACCUCAGAGGGCUUUACUAUCUAUAGAACAGACUCCAGAUUGCAAUAAUGACAAUAGAAAAAUCAAUUGAUGUCUAUAAAUGCAGAUGACCUGCAUACACAUCUAUCAGUUAGUACUAAAACCCUCUCUGGUGUUAACCAAUACGAAAACACAACACAAACAGCUUGUAUAAUAAGGCUUUAUUUGAAGUG